UUUGACAUGCAUCCAAUUAAAAUUUUUGGGGGUCUCGUGCUGGGUGCUAGUCGUAGUGGCCUCAUGACUCAAAUUAUCCGUGGUAUUUCGUUUCUAAAGUAGUGCACGCAAAUAAGUUAACGUUAGGUAUGAUUUCGCUCUGAAGAUAAGCUGUACCGUUAGUGUCGGUGUUGAAGAAUGCACUCUUUGUGGUUAACUGGCAGGUUACUUUCCCGUGCUAUUUGGAAUGGAUUUGCGAAUAUUUCUAGUGCCGCCGAUCCAAACAUCAAUCGAAAAUCAGAACCUUAUUUAGUUUCCGCCGUUUGUGGUUUUUCCAAGGAGAGGAAAAUACAAAGACUGAUCAAAGGACAAUUUGGGGACGAUGCCUGGUUCACAACUAGGUACAAAUCUGCGGACGUUCUAGGUGUAGCUGAUGGGGUAGGUGGCUGGCGAGCGUAUGGAAUAGACCCAGGAGAAUUUUCCAUGCACCUAAUGAAAACUUGCGAAAGGUUGAUUAAAUUGGGAAGAUUCACCCCCUCCAACCCCUCGGAGCUAUUGGCUCGAAGUUAUUAUGAACUUUUACAUCAUAAAAAAUCGAUUUUAGGUAGUAGUACAGCUUGCGUGGUAGUUCUAAAUCGAGAAAAUAGCACCCUCUACACGGCCAACAUAGGAGAUAGCGGUUACAUGGUGGUCAGAGGGGGCCGCGUCAUACACCGUAGCGAAGAGCAACAGCAUUACUUCAACACCCCGUUUCAACUGUCCCUUCCACCCCCUGGUUACCAAGCGGAUGUGCUUUCCGAUCAACCUGACUCUGCCAUAACGGAGAACUUCCCUGUUGAGGAUGGCGACGUCAUAUUGGUCGCAACAGAUGGGGUUUUCGACAAUUUACCUCAUAAUCUAUUGAUAAACGAAUUAACAAAAGUAUGUAACUAUCUGUUGAAGGAAAUAUGGACGAAUAAACCAGGAAUUGUUUUUCAGGUUCAAGGUGAACGUAAUGCUAGUCGAUUACAAAUGGUAGCGAAUUCAAUCGCCUGGAUGGCUAGGAAUUUAUCGUACGACGAAACUUUUAUAUCGCCUUUUGCUGAGAGCGCCUUCGCAAACGGUAUUAAUACAAUUGGAGGCAAACCUGAUGACAUCACAGUGAUUCUAGCAACGGUUGCAAUUUGAGGUCUUAGAGAAAUAUAGCCAUCUCAAUUUAGUUAGAUCAUUUGUUACACUGAAUAGAUGUAUCACACACGAACACUAUUCGUUAAUUAAAUUUUACAUCUGUAAAGAGUCAAGAUCAGUGGAAAAUCUUUGCAGAGCUAUAGAGCUUAGGUGCUUUCUUAGAGAUAUCUUGAUUUUAUUUUCCGAAAGAUGAUAGGUGUCUAGAUGAGCUAGAUAAUGUAAUAGCGAUUCCAAAACGUCACAAGAGUCAGACGAUUGAAUUCUGAAAGAGUCAAUUAUAUUGAGUUUUACCGUAUUCAGCAGUAAAUUUCUUGUGUUCAACUUUGUGUAUAUAUAUCCAUGAUAGGUUCUUAAAGGCGUAUAAAACUUUGAACACUUGCUGAUUGGCUUUAAAACAAACAUUUGUUAAUGCUAAUCGAUGUUGCUUCCAUAAUGAUUCAUAAUUUUGUGAGGAAAAAACUUUUGUUGAAGAUGAUCUGUUAGCAAUACAUUAAUGUACUAAAAAAAGCUACCUUUUUCCCGAUUUAUGUGAUUGAGUUUCCAAGUUGAAUGUUGAUGCCUUUUGAGCCAAGAAUAAAAUUAGAGGAAUAGAUGUUUAAAUCUAAUAACAGUUUUGGAUUCAGAUGUCACUUUUCUAAAUCGCGAAGAUGUUAUAUCCAAAAAUAUGUAUUAGUGUGAAUUAUUGUUGUUAAAUUGUGAGUUUGAGAGAAUGUAUUAUUUUAUUUCAGUGAAUGUUAAUUAUCUUAUUUUUAUUUUGUUUUUGCUUAGUGUUCAUAUAUUUUGCUAUGACACAGUUUUUUUUUCUAAAUAAGAUGAAAACUUUAGAAUAAUAGAAUUUCAGAACUAUCUUUAAUGUGUUAAUAUUGUUUUAAAUAUUAAUAUUUUGAAUUAGUUCUGAGUUAGUGAUUUUUGUCUAUGAAAAAAUAAAUAUAAAUUAUUUAAAUAU